UAUAGCUACAAAUGAUUCUACAAACAAUUAAGCCCCACAUCUAUACCAUUACACACUAAAUAUAUCCUUUUCAACACAAUCACCACUAUUUAACCAGAGAGAAGUUCAUACUCCCAUCAACUAGGUUGCUAGAAUUUUUUUAACGGCGAGAUAACGGCAAGGUUACCGUAUGGAAACAAAAUGUAUAUUGGGGUUACAGUGUGGAAAGUGAUAUAUGUUAGGGCACAACGUAGAAAAGUGAAAUUAACAGGGUUACUAUAUAGAAAAACCCUUUUUUUUUUUUUUCAAUUGUAGAGAUCAUACUUUGAAAAUUCCAUAUAUUCUAAUAUAUCUACAGAGUAGUUAACUAAUUCACCGACUUUCAGGCGUGAGGCUAGGGUUGAAUCACACCAAGGUGGUGGGGGUCUCCCAAUAAAGAGUGGUAAAAUUAUAAAAUAUGUAUAUUACCUCUUUCAUGAUCUGUUACCUUUUGCUUCUAAUCUUUGAAAAAAUGUAUCUGUACUGAGUGUUUUAGUUUGAUGUUCUUUCUCCGAUAAACGAACUCUUGCUGAAGAUAAUGCCUGAUCCGAUGGAAGCAAAAUAUUUCCGAAUUCUGAGGCUAUUAGGAACUGGUUACAAAGCCAGAGCUGAAGCAGAAGGUCGCUUGUUGUGUCUUAAACUGGGUUACAGUCAUGAAGUUGAGUUGCCAGUUCCACCCACUGUUCGUGUCUUCUGCUUUAAACCUGACAUAAUUUGUUGUGCUGGUAUUGAUAAAGCAAGAACGCAUCAGUUUGCUGCUGCUGUUCGUAGUGUCAAACCCCCUGACUCGUACAAAGAAAAAGGUAUGCGUUACAAGGAUGAAGUCAUAAAGUUGAAGCCUGGUAAGAAGGAUAGAUUGAAGUAAAGAGGUUUGAUUUUUGUACUAGCAGUAGCAGAAUGUGUAUCUGCUCAUUGCUAAGUUUAAAGUUUGUAGUUUGAAUUUUGUAUUCUGUUAUAAGUAUAGAACUGUUUAUGAUUUACGAGCAUUUUUCAUGAUAGCAAAUUGUUUAUGUUGAAUCUCCAUGAGAUGAACUUGAAUAAUGUCCAUUGAAUUUCAUGUUGCAUUUUUCCGGUUGAUAUAAAAAAUCAUGUACAAGAUAUGAGCCA